AUGGAUCUAACCGAAAACGAAGCUAAAACAAGGCGAACAACCAUAAAGGCUGUGGCUACGCGACUUAAAACAUAUAUAGAAUCUUCACAAGCACAACGUGCUACGAAAUUUGACUUGGUUGAACUUCAAGCGCGAAUCGAAUGUUUAACCUCUGAUACUAACGAAGCUAUAGCGGCGACUCAUCCAGAGGAUCGUACACGAUUCGAGGAAGCAUACUUUCAGCUUAUGUCAAUAUACGAUCAGCGUAUUAACUUGAUUGAACAAACACGCGUAGCAUCUCAGUCCAGUAGUGAUACUCAUACAGCACCUCAAAAUAAUUCAGAGUCAGCGCAUAUACGAUUACCAAAAAUUCAAUUACCCAUUUUUUCCGGAUCAUAUGAAGAGUGGUAUACAUUUCAUGAUUCUUUUGAAAAACUUAUUCAUUCUAAUGCAAAUUUAUCGUCUAUUCAAAAAUUCCACUACCUAAGAUCAUCAUUGAAGGAUAAAGCUGCGGAGGUUGUCCGAUCCUUUGACAUAACGACAGAUAAUUACACAGAAGCAUGGCAAUUGCUGAAUGAGCGAUUCGAUAACAAGAGGCGUAUAGUUCAAACUCACAUUAAGGCAAUAUUUGAAAUUCCACCUAUAAACAAAGAAAAUUGUACAGCGUUGCGUAGUUUAAUCGAUAAUGUGCUUAAACAUUUUAAGGCACUCAAGGCAUUACAGAGACCCGUUGAUACUUGGGAUGAUAUAAUGAUACACUUAGUAUUAACCAAACUCGAUUCUGUUACAGUGAAGGAAUGGGAAACAAGUCGCGCAGAUUCGACUAUACCUACAUUCAAACAAUUGACCGAAUUCCUAUCAAAACGUUGUCAAACUCUGGAAAUCAUUUCCGGCAAAUCAAGUGGACGUACAAUUUCGGAUGUGCACAAUUCACAGAAGGCCAAGAAUCCUAGCGCGCACGUAACUACCUCAAAUCUAUCAUGUAUCCAUUGCAAGAACAUGCCUUCGAACACUAGUAAUUCUUCUUGCAGCGUAACAGGGGCAUCUUUAACAAAUACCGCGUCUCCCAUAGUAACACAAUGCACUCAGAUUAAUGAUGCUUCCAAGGUUCUUCUCUCAACCGCCAUAGUCAGCGUAUAUGAUCGUAAGGGAGAGUUACAUGGUUGCAGAGUUUUACUUGAUAGUGGUUCUCAACUAAACUUCAUUACUGAAGAUUUCGCAAAUCGAUUGCAUCUUAAUAGUCGUGAAUUACACAUGUCUAUUUCAGGUGUAGCAAAAGGAACAAUUGAAACUAAAGGGAUAGUUGACGUUAGUUUCCGAUCACGAACAAACGCAUAUGUCGACAACAUUGAAUGUGUAAUUCUGCCUAAGAUUACCCAGAAGUUGCCGCAGGAAUUUUGUUCAAUAUCAGAAUUUACAAUUCCAUCGAAUAUAGUACUCGCAAAUCCUAAUUUCAAUAUCCCAAGCGAAAUUGACAUACUCAUAGGAGCUCAAUUAUUCUGGAAGCUCAUUUACGUAGGACAAAUUAGGGCCUGCAAGGCGCAUCCUACUCUACAAAAACUAAGCUAG